UUAGAACAUUUCCAUUAACACGCUCAUAGUUUUUCUCAAAUUCAAACUAAGCUUGUGCAGUAAUUUCGUACGUUCAUCUCCCGCAAAGUUUCGAAGAAUAAUCACACGCUCAUCUUCCUCUGGGGAUUAUUUGAACUGUAUAAGGAUAAUCUAGCACUAAGUGAGGGGAAAUGGCUUAUUGCUCAAAGUGCCUGUUGCAUUCCAUGGCAAUUCUUGUAUUUAUAACUAUAGUUCAAAGUUCACAAGCUUAUUUAAGGAAUGAAAAUGGGGUAAAAACUGCUGUCUUUUUAUCACCUAAAUUUUUGAUGGAGCCAGGGUCGGUUUCUGAUAAAUACUUUUACAAUAUCGAUUUCCCUCGAGGUCAUAUUGGUCUUAAGAGUUUUGACGCUGAAGUAAUUGAUGAGGCAGGGAAUUCCAUUCCCCUCCACGAAACAUAUCUCCACCAUUGGCUUUUUGUAAGGUAUUAUCAACGUAAACAUAAUGGUUCUGAUGUUGCAAAGUACCAUGGCGAUCUGGGGCUCGAUGGGCCUGAUUUUGUUGUUGUAAAGAAUAGUGGAGUAUGUGACUAUGGCCUUAUACAAUAUUUCGGCCUCGGAUCUGAGACUCGAAGAACAUCCACAUAUGUGCCAGAUCCUUAUGGAAUUGAGGUUGGAAAUCUAGAAGAUAUCCCUUCUGGUUUUGAGGAGAGAUGGAUGCUCAAUGUGCAUGCAAUUGAUUCUCGGGGUGUGGAAGAUAGGAUGGGAUGCACUGAAUGCCGGUGUGAUUUAUAUAAUGUCACAGUAGAUGACUAUGACCAACCUUUGCCACCUGAUUAUAAUGGUGGCUUGAGAUGUUGUUAUGAUGAGACGAGAUGUCGGGUGAGACAAGGGUUUCUGGGUGUGAAGAGAAGCCUCCACUUGAAGUACACUGUCAAGUAUGUUGAUUGGUAUACCUCCAUUGUGCCUGUUAAAAUCUAUAUCCUUGAUGUCACUGAUAUUUGGACAAUGGCAGAUGAAUCCAGAGGUAUAAAGUCUAGACAUAGAUGCCAGAUCGAGUAUGAAGUUCCAUCUUGUGCUGUUGAUGCGGGUAAUGAUUAUUGUACUCAUACCAAAAGUCUACAUGUAAGCUUGCCGAUUGGUGGCGAUGUCAUCUAUGGUGUUGCACACCAGCAUGCUGGUGGGAUUGGUUCAGCUCUUUAUGGGGAGGACGGAAGGGUGAUAUGCUCGUCGAAUCCAAUGUAUGGAGAAGGAAACGAGCCUGGAAAUGAGGCAGGUUACAUUGUGGGAAUGUCUACAUGUUACCCUCGACCUGGCUCCGUCAAGAUAUCUUCUGGUGAGACGCUAACUCUUGUAUCCAACUAUAGCAAUGCACAGAGACAUACAGGAGUCAUGGGGCUCUUCUACAUCUUGGUCGCAGGCUCAUCACAACCAAACACAGUAGUGCAUGCUCCAGCAGAAGUACAUCAGGCAAGGAUGAUACGGUUAUCUGUUUGGGGUGUUGCGCUGUUUGGAGUUGCAAUCAUUCUGGUUGUUAUUUCUGCAUUCCAAUAUAGGAUCAGAAAAGAGGAAGGCUAUGAAGCUAUAGUCAUGUGAGCUUUUCCUUUCGAGUUUGGCUCAUCACAGAGAAUUUCUGCAGUCAUGUUGUACCACUAUAUAAUUUUAUGCAAUAUUUACCGGGUUUUUUUAAUUCCUUUUGGAUUCGCAGGAUAGUUAUACUUCAAUAAGAUUAUGUUAUCGUUGGAUUGUUGAUCGAAUUUGUA